AUGCCGUCCUCAUCACCGCCUUAUCAAAUGUCGUCACCGGUGCACGGCACGGGACGGCAGAAGUCGCAUUUUACCUACCGCCAAUUGAGCUUAUUGGCCUCAUACUCAACUUCAUCAGCGUUGCGUGUCAUUGCUCACAUCGAUCUCGAUGCCUUCUAUGCCCAGUGUGAGAUGGUGCGUCUGGGCAUUGCCGAGGAUCAACCUCUGGCCGUUCGGCAAUGGGAAGGACUGAUUGCUAUCAAUUAUCCUGCACGCAAGUUCGACAUCAGUCGGCAUUGUACUGUGACUGAUGCAAAGAAACUCUGCCCGAACCUCAUCGCCCAACACGUUGCGACGUGGAAGGAAGGUGAUGAGAAAUGGGCGUAUCACAACGAUGCACCAUCGCACAUCGGCACACACAAGGUCUCACUGGACCCCUACCGACUCCAGUCGAGGAGAAUCUUGGCGCUGAUCAAGGAGUGUCUACCGCAAAACCUCCAGAAGGUCGAGAAGGCGAGCAUAGAUGAGGUCUUCGUUGACCUAUCUGCUCAGAUCCACUCAAUUCUCCUGGAGAGAUUUCCGGAACUUACUAACCCUCCACCCUACGAUGAUCCGACAGAGAAGCUGCCGCUGCCCCCAGUGACUGCCCUCGACUGGCAAGCUGAUGCGCUGGUCGACCUUGACGAUACCGAGGCCGAAGCUGACGACCCCGACUGGGAUGACGUGGCUAUCCUCAUUGGAUCAGAAAUAGUUCGGGAUGUGCGGGCUGAGAUUCGUCGGCAGCUACACUACACCUGUUCAGCGGGAAUAGCGAGUAAUAAAAUGCUCAGUAAGUUGGGCUCGGCAUACAAAAAGCCUAACCAGCAAACCGUCAUUCGGAACCGGGCGGCCCAACACUUCCUGUCUGACAUGAAGUUCACCAAGAUUCGAAACCUCGGGGGCAAGCUUGGCGACCAGGUUACAUCGACUUUUGGCACCGAGACAAUCAAGGAUUUGCUUCUGGUGCCAGUGGAGCAGCUGAAGUCGAAGCUGGGCGAUGACACGGGAGUCUGGCUCUAUAAUACUAUUCGUGGCAUCGAUUCGAGUGAGGUCAACUCCAGAACCCAAAUCAAAUCCAUGCUCUCGGCCAAAUCCUUCCGGCCGAGCAUAAACAAUCUAGAUCAGGCCAUCAAAUGGUUGAGGAUAUUCACGGCAGACAUAUUCUCACGAUUGCUCGAGGAGGGUGUCCUCGAGAAUAAACGGCGGCCCAAAACCAUGAACCUACAUCACCGGCAUGGUGGCCAGACCCGGUCACGAUCCUCUGGUAUCCCCAUGGGCAAAACACUCGAUGAAAGGACCUUGUUUGACCUCGCCAAGCAUCUUCUCAAUCAGAUCAUUCUAGAAGGGAGAGUAUGGCCGUGUGCCAAUCUUAGUUUGGCCGUCGCAGGGUUUGAAGAUGGUGUCACGGGCAACAUGGGGAUAGGCGGAUUCUUGUUGAAAGGAGACGAAGCACGUGGAUCCAAGACAACCCCCCGCGAGUCGUCAAUGGAAUCCUCUGCGAAUGAACCGCCAGAGAAGAAGCGCCGCACGGAUAACCCCAGCAUCCAGCGGUUCUUUCCAAAACGGGAAACCUCUUCAGGCGGGGAUGGCGAGGGGGACCUCGACGGCAGUGAAGAUACAGGGCACCCCCGAGAUGACACGAGCGGCCGUCCAACCACGGACUCGCGGAGCCAGCAGACACCAAUCACGGAUUACAUGUGCUCCCGCUGCAAUGCAGGGCUCGAGGACGCCGAAGCAUUACAGAGCCACCUCGACUGGCAUUUCGCCAAAGACCUCCAGGACGAGGAACGUGGCAAGCCUGCAUUUGCCAGUAAGCCGGCAUCUGCUCCGCGCGGCCAGAAGAGUACGUGUGCAUCGUCGUCGAAGAAGCCUUCAAGGGGCGGCAGCAGUAAACUGGAGUACGGGCAGAGCAAGCUGAAGUUUGGAUGA